UUAAGUUUGGAAAUAAUUCGGGCAAAUACCCAAAGAUAAUAUAGCUAAGGAAGUUUCUUCUCAUCAAUCUUCCAAACCUAGACUUUUCAUUGUACUUUUCUUUUUCUUUGUCCAUCUCUCGUGUACUUAAAUCUCUUGGGAUUAUCGCUUCAAUUAUUAAUGUCUGAGCUUCGUUAAGUUUGUUUCCUUGUUUUAAACUUCCUUCUAGCUCAUCUACUUGCUAUCAGGCGAUGAACACAACAAUAUCAACAACAACAAAAACUACAUUACAAUUUUUUUUAUAUUUCUAUUAUAGAGAUCGAUGAAACCUGGAAGAAAGUACUUGAAGAAGUUGCAUUAAGCUUCUGAAUACUAUCCUAAUUAUUCCCUGUUUUUGCAGGGUGCGUACGUGUUCUUUUGGUAUGGAUUUGAGUUUAUUUAGGAGUUAUAAUGGAUAACAUGAACCUAAACUCAAGCUCUGGGAGAUUCCGCAAAUGGUUCAAAAGGAAGCACAAGAACAAUCAUAAUAAGCACAAGCAACCUGAUCCUUACUACGACCUGGAUGUACUUUCAGAUGAAGAUGAUUUCACGGAAGAUGUUUACAUUAGUUCGUUUGAGAUGGAUCCAUGCACUUCAACCAAUGAGUUAAGAAUUUUUGUGGGAACUUGGAAUGUUGCUGGAAGAUCUCCUGUAGGAAGCUUAGCUGUUGAUUUACAUGAGUGGCUAAAACCCCAGGAUGCUGCUGAUAUCUAUGUUCUCGGAUUUCAAGAAAUCAUACCAUUGAAAACUCGAACCGUGAUCGGAGCAGAAGAUCCAACUGAAGCAACAAAUUGGAACUUGUUAAUAGGAAAAACACUUGAUGAAAAAUUCGGUGGCCCUUGGUUGACUCCGGUGUUGAAUCCAAUCUCGAGUGAAGAUUACCAAUAUGUGAAAGUACCUGAUAGUGAAAGAAGAGCAAGUUUCAGUAGCAUAACUGAUAGUAGAUGGAUGAGAGCGAGGUCAAGAACUCAACGACAUCAGCAACUAUUUCCCUGUGGCAGCAAAUACAAGCUGAUGGCAAGCAAGAAAAUGGUUGGAGUUUUUAUUAGUGUGUGGAUGAAGAAGGAAUUGCUCGAGAAAUAUUAUGUUUCAAAUGGGAAAGUCAGCUCAGUGGCUUGUGGAAUCAUGGGCCUUUUAGGAAACAAAGGUUCAGUUUCUGUUAGUAUGUCAAUUGAAGGUACCAGAUUCUGCUUCAUUGCUGCUCACUUGGCUUCGGGUGAGAAGAAUGGUGAUGAAGGUCGAAGGAAUCGUCAAGUUUCAGAGAUUUUUAAGAGAACUUCUUUUCCUCGGUCAGCCAAUGACGAUGACAAUCCUCAUCCUCUCACCAUCUUAGGACAUGAUCAGAUAUUCUGGUUCGGAGACCUCAAUUAUAGGUUAGACUUGGAAGACAAUUUAGCUAGGUAUUUAAUAAAGAAGCAAGACUGGAAGGCACUGCAGGAAUUCGAUCAGCUUCGAAAGGAACAAGAAGAUGGAGGAGUGUUUGAAGGUUGGAGAGAGGGGAACAUCAAUUUUGCUCCAACAUACAAGUAUUCUUCAUCAAAUUGCAAUCGGUACUCGGGUGGUCUUCCCAACAGAUCAGGAGAGAAACAAAGGACUCCAGCAUGGUGUGAUAGAAUUUUGUGGUAUGGAAAAGGAGUGAAACUUUUAUCCUACUUUCGCAGUGAAAGUAAGUUCUCCGAUCAUCGACCCGUCUCUGCCCUAUUCUCAACACGGAUAGAAGUCACGAAAUCCUCCAAUUCAAGUUUUCUAGACAAUGAAACUUUUCCUAAUUUUAUGCCUCCAGAACAGGUUGGGCCAAGUGGAAACAAAGAAGAGGGCAAAUCUACAUUGCUAUCUUUGAUUGUAAAGGAUACCGAAGCAUCUUCAACGCACAUGCAAAAAUUGUAGUUAAACCAUACCAUAUCAUUAUUUCAUAAUCCUAUUCCUCUUUCAUAUCUUACUUUUUGUUGGACAUGGUUUGGUUACGAAUUGGAUCCACAGAUGAAA